CGUUUUUUCUUUUCUAUAUAUAUAUAAUAAAACGAUGUCUAUUGCACUUCGAGAAGAGAACUUUGUCGUUAUUAAUGUAGGCUCUAAUUUUACUACAGCUGGUAUGGGUAUGCACGACACGAACAAGCCUCCCAGUGUGAUUGUAAACAUGGCCGACUUCAAUCAUCCCAUCAAACACAACAUGAUUAGUGAUUGGAAAGAUCUCGAAGAAUGCUGGCAUCACAUCUUGUUUAAAGAACUCAAUAUCAAGAAAUCACGCAAUGAAUGUCCUGUGUUGAUUGCAGUGCCUGUACAAUGGUCCAAGCUUGAAUAUGAGCGUAUCACACAAAUCUUCUUUGAAAACUUUAAUGUGCCUGGUGUGUAUAUUGCUCCUCAGCCUUUGUUGACACUGUUUGGAUGUGGUGCUGUAUCUGGCAUUGUGGUCGAUAUUGGAAGCGAGAUCACAGAUAUCAAUGUAGUUGUUGAUAGUAACAUUCAGUCUCAAUCGAACUUUACAGUACCCGUGGGCGGCAAUGACUUUGACAAGUACUUGCUUGAUUUGAUGAAGCAAGACGCCAAACUUGUACAAGAAUUCAAUGCAACAGAUGUAGAACUCGACCUUGCAUUUGCAAGAUUUGUGCGUGAAUCAGUGGGUAUUUGUAAUGUGUCUAUAGGCCAUGAUGUGACAGAUCAUUCAGUGGCUACUGAGCUAUCCAAUGCAAUGGAAGAGUUGCCUAUUGAGUCUUCAGAAGAACUAUUAGAUGAAGACAAUCCCAAGAAAGUAGAAGACGAAGAGGUUGGUGAUGUGCCAGAGACUGUACAGAUUGAAUAUAAAGGACAUACAUUUCAUAUUGGCUCUUAUCGUCAUAAGGCAAUGGAUCCUCUGUUCUUGCCUGAAUUAAUACAGGUCGAUAGUCCAUCACUUACAGAAGCUAUGCGUUUAGCAGCCAUGAAUUGUGAACCACCAGAAAUCAGACCUAAACUUUGGGAGAACAUGGCAGUGACUGGAGGAUGUUGCAUGGCUGCUGGUAUUACAAAGCGCAUCAAGACUGAAGUACAAGUGUUCUUGCCUCAUUCUGAAAAUGCUGGUGAUACACAACCUCGUCAAUUGAACUUUUUACGAAUUGCAGACUAUUUUACUGUCUUGAAAGAUAAACAAUAUCAAAAAUACUCUACAUGGUUAGGUGCUGAAAUUGUUGCUAAGCUUGUCUUUAUUGAUGCAAAGAACUAUAUUAGUAAAGUAGACUAUAAUGAAUCUGGCCCUUCUGUGGUUCAUACAAAGGCCUAUUAAAUCAACUUCUCCCCCUGAAAUGCAUUCAAAUUCCGAAUAAAUAAGGGUUUUUUUUUCUCUCUUA